UCACGGCUGGUCGCCAUAUUAAAACUGAGCGAAUCCGCGAACGGACGGACCUCACUCGGGUUCGCUGAGGGGCCUUUCUCCAAAAUAACUCCAAAUUUACAUCUCUCUUUACCCCGUUCACACCAGGAAUCAUUUAUGCAUCUGACUGAGUAGGGCGUAGUGUUCUCAGACAGGAGUUGUCUGGGAGGGAGGGUUUGUUUUAGUGUUUAAGAGAUGAGUACUCUGAGCCAGCGGAGCUCUGGCCUGGUGCAGAGACGCACCGAGGCUUCGCGCAGCGCCGCGGCCGCAGACAGAGAGCGCGGAUCCGGCGACGAGGACUACGAUUCCCGCCGCGGGGACGAGCCGGACGACGAUGACAGCGGGGACUCGAAGGAAACCAGACUGACCCUGAUGGAGGAAGUGCUGCUCCUGGGGUUAAAGGACCGUGAGGGCUACACCUCCUUCUGGAAUGACAGCAUUUCAUCGGGCCUUCGGGGCAGCAUGCUUAUUGAGUUGGCUUUAAGGGGAAGGUUACAGCUGGAGGCCUGUGGUAUGAGGAGGAGAAGCCUGCUUGUCAGGAAGGUUUUAUGCAAGUCUGACGCUCCAACAGGGGACGUGCUGUUAGACGAGGCUCUGAAACACAUAAAAGACACCCAGCCGCCCGAGACUGUGCAAAGCUGGAUUGACUUACUCAGUGGUGAGACAUGGAACCCACUAAAGCUUCAUUAUCAGCUGCGUAACGUCCGAGAGCGCCUGGCAAAGAAUCUGGUGGAGAAGGGCGUCCUCACCACCGAAAAACAAAACUUUCUUCUCUUUGACAUGACCACACACCCACUUACCAACAAUAAUAUUAAACAGCGCGUUAUUAAGAAGGUGCAAGAGGCCGUGCUGGACAAGUGGGUGAACGACCCUCACCGAAUGGACAAGCGUAUUCUGGCCCUUAUUUUCCUCGCCCAUUUCUCCGACGUGCUAGAGAACGCAUUCGCCCCGCUGCUGGACGACCAGUACGACCUGGCCAUGAAAAGAGUACGACAGCUGCUGGACCUCGAACCUGAGGCUGAAAGCAUGAAGGCCAACACAAACGAGCUGUUUUGGGCUGUGGUGGCUGCCUUUACCAAAUGAAGCAGGUUCAGUUCUGGUGAACGUGUGAUGUGAAAAUGAAACGGUUGGACUGGUAAGAGCAGGUUUUUUGAGAAAUGGUGAGAAACCUGGACAUUCCCAUUCUUGUAGAUAUCUUGCUUUCCUUCUCCUCUCUGCAGGAUUUAUCAUCGCAUUGCUGACUCUUGUUUCGAUAGCACACAGAGUUGUUUUGUCCUUCUAUUGUUUAUUCAGUUAAAUGCAAUUAGGUACCUGCUCACCGUAGACUGUUAACACUUACCUAUUGCAUCACUGGAUAAAAUGUACUGUUUAUUUUCUUGCCUUGACAUCUGUGCUGGGUACCUAACAGAUUUUACAAUCAAAAUUUAUUUUGCACUAAUGUUCAGGCUUCAGUUUCAUCCAGAAUUGGAUCUGAUUGUAUUUACAAUGUGACAAAAUAUGUGUCCACUUAAGGCAGUACCUACAUAUGGUACAGAUUUACCAGAAAAUAAAGUACACAGUGUAUCAUAUAUUUUAAAACGGUUUGCUGUCUUGACUUUUCAUAUGGAUUGCGGAGCUUGAAAAGAAACCAAAAAGGUUGUCGAGGACUAAAUCCUGUUCUAAUAACAGAUGCGUAUAGCCCCUUUUCCACCAAGGCAGUUUGAGUGCUGGUUCAAAGCUUAUAUUCAAAUCAGUUUUUUCUUUUUUCGACACCCAAAGCACCAGCUCUGAACCAGGAAAAGUGGUUCUUAAGUAGCAACAAAACACUGCUGGUCUAGAAUUAAGAACCGAUUGCGUCUGGGGUUUGGAGCGGAGUUACUGUGACACAAUACUGCGAGCGUAGCUGCAUGCUAAGACUAGCAUGUUUCUGUGUAAAUGAUAAGAUAUGUAUUAACUGUUAUUCUCGAUUGCAACCUCCAUUUCAAAAUGAUCUCAUGGAAAGUUGUGUUAUAGUCAUGAAAAAUUGUAUUAAUUUAUCUGAGCACAAAUGUAUUUUUUGUGUCACUUGCACAAAUUUCUAUAAAUAGUUUUUUGUGUCUGUGGCACGACUUUCUUUUUCGUGUCAUUUUAUGUAUUGUUUUGUCAUUGUUUUUUCCUUUUGUUUACCAUUGAUGCUUGGGGUUGGGGUUUGAAUCACUUUCUGUUACAUUUUUACCCCUCGUUCAGACAGCCAGCGAUGUUAUCGCUGUGUGUCACCCGUCUCUUUCAAUGAGGCGUUUGUAAAUCUGCUUGUCAUAAACAAAUGAGUACCAUCCAUGCCAGUAUCUGACGAGAGAAGAAUGACAUGAACUCCACUGCUUUGUUCUCAUUGGUAGUCGCUCCCGAAAGUCGCUCGACAUUUGCAUAAAGUUAAACUUUUCUUAACUUUCUCGCGUCGCUGGACACGCCCAUACGGUCGCCAACGGUCACUUUCGCUCGUGUCGCCGGAAGUCGCCAGGUUUCCAUUGAAAUGAAUGAGAUCGCGUCGCUCUGCUACUGCUUGUCGUUGGCUGUCUGAAUGGGGCGUUAGACAUCCUAACCCAACUCUAACCCCAACUCUAGGCGAGAAUAGUUUUGAAAGCGGAAGAAAAACAUGUAGAAACCAAUACAUAAAAGUACAUCCUAACCCAAACCCCAAAUCUAACCCCAACCCCAAGCGACAAUGAUUUAAAAAUAGAAAAAAAAUGAGAAAUCGAUACAUAAAAUGACACGAAAAAGAAAGUCGUGCAACAGACACAAAAAACUAUAGACAUUUGUGUGAGUGACACGAAAAAGACAUUCGUUCUCAAUGCACAAAAUAAAGCAAAAUUUUGUGCCACAGACAUAAAUAAAUUAAUCAAAUUUUUUGUGACUAUGACUUUCUGUGAGAUCAUGUUGUCCGUUUAUAUAAAUUACGUCGAGCUGCACGCACAUGGUGGAUUCUGUCGUAACUUUCUAGCGCAUGGAAAGACAAACCGAGCCUUAUGGAGCGUACACACCAAACGCAAAUUUGACGAUUUGUCUAUGCAGAGAUGCGAAUAGACGCAAACUCGCGUGGGGCGAUGCAAAUUGAAUUUGCCUCCAAAAGUCUUCACGCAAGUUAAAAAUAUUCAACUCAAGCUAAAAAUUCUAAUGACACAAAGUUAAAUCCUGCGAGUGAUCUAGAGCUAGGAACGCAAUGCUUAGCGUUUGGUGUGUAGACAGCAUUAAAAGGUUCGCCAGUCGAACGAACCCAAACCAGCAAAAGCAUUAGCUCUAAACUAGCACCUGGUUCUUGCUGGUGGAAAGGGGUCUUAAUACAUGCAAAGCGGUGCUAACAUUUACCCAAAUUGAACACAAAGCAACUUCUGUGCAAACUGGUGGUACAGUAACUUUAGGCUGUCAAAGACCUGACAAUUUAUUAGCAAGAGGAGUUAGUCUAUCUUAAGUGAUUAUAUUAUAUUUGAACAGAGAGCUUGUGGUGUUUUGCGGACUAGAAUUCAAUUUCUAAAGUUGUAGAUAACUCUACCGUUCAGAUUUAGUCUUUUCUGCUUCCAAAAACCUCACAAAUGCUUCAAACUCUUAUCUCUCAGACUGCACCUAUUUACUAUCCUGAGGUAUAAAACCUUACUAGACACCCUGUUGUGUUGCUUAAAAUUGAACUUGUAUACUUCAAUGUGCCUACGAUUGGUUACAGAAUGUUUGGCUGUAAUGGUGCAAUAUGUACUGUAGCUCUUUGUUAUGUGGCAUUAAUGGAGCUCAAUCCAGAAAUCAUUAUUCUCAAUGGUCUUCAUACCCAUUGUGUGUAUAUACUUGCCAGAAUAAAGGAUUUGAUUUUAAGAAGCUCCCUGAAAAGAAGUGCAUCUGUACGGCACAGUGUUUACUUGAAUGCAUAUUCAAUGAUUAAUAACACUGUAAGAGUUUUAUAGUGAUGUUUUAACUUUACUCACAACACUCGAUGAACCAAGAACUGAAAAUUCAUAUCCUUUAAAAUUGUGAUUUUUAUGUGUAAGAGCAGAUUCCUUCAUUUUCUUGAAUCAGUAUAUUUUUGAUAGUAGAUUUUAUUAUCAUUAGAAGCAGAAAGGUAGCUUAUUCAGCUGUAAAUGAGCAGGGCGGACAUCUGUCACUUUUUUUUGUUUUGUGUGUAUACAUAGCGCUUACCACAUGAGCCAACUCUGUAUCAGUCUUCAUCAUUUUGCUUGGCAUGUGCAAGCUAGCUCAAGCAUGUCAGUAUAAAAUUGUCUAUUGAGGAAGCCUUUGCUCAAACAUCUUAUUAUGUUUUUGUUUUUUCAUUUCAUUGCUGUAGCAAUGGUUUGGGUAAUCCACCAAUUGUUUGGAAGAGUCAAUAUGGGAGUGUCAGGAAAAGUAUCUCAGAGUAAACAAAAUUUUAAAUCACAUGUAUAGCUUUUAAGUCACUAUAAUAGGAGCCCAUUGUAUAUACCUUCUUGCUACAAUGAAAUAAACUAUGUCCUGGAAAGUGCCUCAAA